AUGAUCAGGUCCUUAACAUCAAUCGCGAUUUUGACGGAGAACAUCGUUUUGGCGCAAAGACCCGGCUUGACAGGCGGCUCUGGGUCGCGUGGAAGCCUUCUCGAGCAGUUGCGAUAUUACGCUCGGGAUGCUGAAGGUUUGGCUGGAAGAGCCUUGAGUCCGAUUGAGAUGGGAAGGUGCGCCAAUCGUGAAUUUGGAAGUCAAUGCUGCGCUGGAUCCAACUGGAAUUGUCAAGCUCCUGGGAGCAAAUGCUCAUGUGAUCAAAUGUGCCGAGAAUUCAACGACUGCUGCCCUGACUAUGAAGAUCUUUGCCUCGAAGCAGAAGAACGACUGGUUUCUUGCGAUCUUCGAAAUGGAGACAUCAAUAACAAUCCGCCAAUGGCUUUUGAGCCAGCGAAAAUUCCCGACGAUGCAAAACUAGCGCGCGCCUCUGGAGAUCCUCAUUAUCAUACUUACGACGGGCGAACGAUCCAUUACCAGGGCGGCUGCACGUACAAAUUAUCAGGACUUUGCUCUUACGCCGCUACAUCUGUUGAAGGAAAUAUUCUCAGCGAGUUCAACAUCUAUGCCAAAAAUCGUCAAUCUUUCAGAAAUUCUGCCAGGAACGAGCCACGACCCAUGGCUUGGGUUGAAACGAUGAUCGUGGAAAUGCCUGUGAAAACAGGCGACGUUGAGAUUGGAUCAAAAUUCGUCACCGUUGGACAGGACCUUGCUAUUCAGCUUGCUUCUGUUUGGACAAAUGGAACCUCUGAAAUCCGCUCAUUGGACGAAGCCGAACUUCCAUUUGACAUUAAUGAUGAUGCUGGAGACCGAGUCGGUCAUAUUUAUAAAAAGGGUAACUAUGUUAGGGUUCAAGUUGGUAUCGAUGGAUUGACGGCUGGAUUCAACGGCAAGCAGAAUAUGAAGAUCAACUUGCCUUGCCAGUAUAUGGGCAAUGUCUGCGGCCUUAUGGGCAAUGCCGACGCUGAUCCCUCAAAUGACGACCGUAUGCCAUCCGACAUCAGCGCCGAAGACGACAAUAUCCUCGGAGAAUCUUGGGUUGCCACUAACUUGCCAGUAAUUAUCGGCGACGGAAUCAACGAAUGCUCCGAUUCUCUUCCAGAAGGUGCACCAAGAGCACCAGAAGUCUGUGAUGCCAACAAUUUGAGAGAGGCUGCUACUCAUUGCACUGCUAUUCUGGACGCUGAAGGUCCAUUCGGAGGUUGCUUGGUUCACGAUGUCGCUGGUAGCUUCUUUGAAGAUUGCGUCUACGAUUUGUGCCUCUACUUCGAAAACGACCUCGAUAUCGAACAAGCCAAAUGCGACGUCCUUGAAGCGUAUGCAAACGAAUGCCGAGAUAUGGGAACGACGAACAUUUUCUGGCGCGAGGAACUCGAGUGCCCAGUCCAAUGCGGCAAGAACGAGCGAUUCUUCGACGAGACCGACACUGAAAUGUCUUGCGAUGGACCAGUCGACAUUUCUGUUGACAAUCAUGUUGUUGAAGGCUGCUUCUGCAAAGAUGGCUACGUCCGAAAUGGCGAAAAAUGCCAACGAGAAGAUCGAUGCCCAACAAACAACCAAGACAGCAACAUUUGGAACGACCAAUUCCCAAAUAUGCCUGGAAUGAAGCUCGAUGGUGACAUUGAAGAAUUUAACCCGAUUGAAUUCCUCGAUGAUUUGAGCUGCUUGACUGAGAAUCCGAUUGAGAAAGAACGACCAGUCAGUGGGGGAAAUGGACAUCAUGCUAGAAAUGAUUGGGUUGCUCCUGAUGCCUGCUGCGAUGAUAAGCCUUACAAUACAGGCGUCAAGAGCUGCUGUGGCGGUCUUCAUGUAUACGACCCAAUUGAAAAAUUCUGCAUCGACGGACAAGUUGUCCAUCUCUAA